AUGUCCAGUCCAUCUGGCAACACGAGAGGUAGCGGGCUCAACGAUGUGCAGUUAGACACAUUCCAAACACUAGAGAACAAUAAUGCUCAGGACUUGAGCCAAGAUCCAGCAUCGGAUUCGACCGCCGUUGAUUCUCACAUUCCAACAAGCGAUGGUAGUCAAGGCUCAAGAUUAAGUGGCGUGUCUGUGGAUGGUGGGCGUCAUGCUGGAGAACCUAGUUCACAGUGGCAGCGACUGAAAGCGCGGCUAAAUCCAUGGACCGUAGAUGAUGACCGGUAUGACCACUUUAAGGCCAUCCACCUUGAAGAUUAUCCGGAUGGAUAUCCACGACUAGCAGCUUUCAUGACCAGCGACAUCAAUACCCGAGUCUUUCGUCGCUUCGGAUGGGAGCGAAACAGAUUGCUAUUGCACAAACAAGACCGAAUAGCCGAAUUGUCAGAUCAACUACGGGAGCUUGAUAAGGCCGAUGAAGUCGCCAAUCCAGAGAGAUUGUACUCACGAAGAGAUGACGAGGAGCAAGCGUCAUGCGAAAGGCAGCGGUUAAUGCACCAAAUGUCGACCGACUUGAAAGAAUAUGACGAUCUCUUAACAAGAGAACACACGAUCUCAUCAAUCACUAAGCCCUCGAAGAACAAUCACCGGACGAUUUUUGAUUGGGUAUACAACAACAAGCCAGUAGUCUGGGAUGAGUAUCAAUAUCUCUACCAGCAGGACGACUUUGUCCUGCUGGGCAAUCAACGCGACAAUUGGCUUCGCUCCUUCGACGAGAAGAUCUGGGCGUUAAGCCAUUUCCCAAUCUUCAAGAAGCUCCUCGCAUCUAAGAAGCACAACAAUGAGCAAUCAUCCGACCCUUACACCCACGAUUCUUCUAACUACAAAGCCGACCUCAUCAUUAAACUCACUGUCACCAUAGCCACGACAGCACUGCUGGUCCUGCCAAUCGUACUCCUCUAUGUAUUGAAGAGUAGUCCAGGCAUCAAGCUCACCAUAUUGCUCCUCUUUGUGAUUGCUUUCUCUAUGGCGCUCGCACUGACGACGGGUGCGAAAAGGCAUGAGAUUUUCGCGGCGACGGCAGCGUAUUGUGCUGUGCUGGUGGUCUUCCUGUCGAAUUUGCCGGGAUCGUAG